AUGAUCUGCAAAAGCUGCCGCACGACAAUGCUGUCCCGAUUCAACCAGCAGCCAGUGAUCCGGACGGCUUCAGCAUGUGCGCGCCAGCUGCCUCUGGUUCGCAGCCAAUUCCGCUCAUACAGCAGUGACAACAACCCACCUGUGGCUGCUCCUCCUUCCCCGUCCGCCCCCAGACAACCCACGGUCGGCGACCUCACAACUCCGUCCGCCAUCUCCUCCGCUACCCCCGGCAUUUCUCAGCCUCUGAGCACGCCCGAAGGUGUCCACACUGAUGUCCACCCCGGAGCUUCCACACAUCCCACUUCCGUGCGCCCACCGAGCAGCUGCCCAGCCGGAACCAAACUGAAUGGACUCAACUACUUCAAGAACAAGCCGGAUGUCUUCGCCAAGGAGGAUUCCGAGUACCCAGAUUGGCUAUGGAACCUCUUGGGAGAUUCCAGCAAGGAAAAGACUAAGCAGGGUGGUGUUGACCCAAGCACCUUGAACAAGAAACAACGAAAGCGUUACGACAAGAAGCUGGCCGCUCGUACUGGCCCCCUCGCUGCUAAGAUCCCCGCCCACCACAACGCUCACGAUAUCACCCCCGCACCCUACAACCGCGACGCACCUUCAGCGGAUGCCAUGGCCGAUGCCACCGAGGGCUUUGAGCGGCGUUCGGAAAUUAUCAGGAGUGCCCGCGACGCCAGACGGAAGGCCAUCAAGGAGUCCAACUUUCUGCGCGGUCUUUGA